UGAAGAAUCAUUGUUCUGGUUGUAUUUCCGCUAGUGGCGGCCAUCACCCUUCUGUCUUUGGAGCGGUUUGAUCUGUGAGAAACAUCAAAAUAUGGCCGGAAGACGCGCUGCCAUCAAGGCCAUUGACUGGCUGGCCUUCGCUGAGAGGGUUCCCCCUAACCAGAGGGCAAUUUUCAACAACCUGAAGACACGCAGUGAUGCCAUCUCUGCAAAGCUUACCUCUCUGGCAGAGAAGCCAGCUCCCAUCAACUGGGCCCACUACAAGACGGCGGUGGCCAAAGCAGGCAUGGUGGAUGAGUUUGAAAAGAAGUUUGCUGCUUUGACCGUUCCUGAGCCAGUGGACACUCAGUCUUCUAAGAUUGAAGUGCAGGAACAAGAAGCUAACAAAAGCGCUGCAUCUUACAUUGAGGCAUCCAAGUCUCGUAUUGCUCAGUAUGAGAAGGAGCUUGAAAAGUUCAAGAACAUGAUUCCUUUCGACCAGAUGACCGUUGGAGACUUGAACGAAGUUUUCCCUGAGACAAAGCUAGACAAGGAGAAGCAUCCAUACUGGCCACACAAGCCCAUUACUGAGCUGUAAUUUAUUAGAGAAAUUUCAUUGUUUAUAUAUUAAUAAAGCAUAUUAAUAAAGCAUUGAGUACAUGAUUUGAUUGUAUAUUCCAGCCUGUAAAAUUUACAGUGAAGUGAGUUUGUGAAGUUCCACAGAUCUGUGCUCUGUAUGUACAAUAAAUGGCUUAAGUUUGA